AUGGCAGAAUUAGGCGUGCCACUACUACAGGAAAGGGAUUAUAUAAACAAAGAUGCGGAAUGGGAACCAGACGAAAAGUUUCAGAAAUGUCAUGACUGUGGAAGGAAAUUCACAUUCUUAUUGAGAAGACAUCAUUGUCGAUGUUGUGGGAAAGUAUUCUGUGAAGCCUGUUGCGGUGACUUUGUGCAUUAUGAUAUAAAGAGAGUGAAAAUUCUGUUACCUGGUGAAGAACUUCCUUAUAGAACCUGUACUGAUUGUAUAACGAAAUUAUCAGAAUCGCAUUUAAUAGUAAGCAGUUCCGAGUCAAGUGGCGGAGAAUAUGAAACAGAUGCCAACGAAAGUGUUAUAUUGCCACCUAUUCGAAACAUAGGAAAUACGGAAACAAAUAUACAUCCUCCAGCUGAGGAAAGUUAUUGUCCUGUUUGCAACUUGAUACUAUCGCAAUUUGGAAAUGAAGAAAUGGCAACAAACCAUGUUAAGGAUUGUGUUCGAAAUGCAGAAUUAGCUCAUCAGCACAACGAUGAUAGUAAUAAACAUGCUGAUAACAAGCUGAAGAACAAGACUAGAAUGCUUAUUUAUAAAAUCUCUGCACCCUCAUCUCCAUCGUCCAACAAUUCUUGCGGAGAAUGUCCUAUUUGUUUUGAGGAUAUGGAGGUUGGUGAUAAAGUAGCAAGAUUGGAAUGUCUUUGUGUCUUCCAUUAUAAGUGUAUUAAAAGUUGGAUUCAGAAAAAGAAAGAAAAGAUGAAGGAAUAUCAUAUUGAAAAUGAUAAUACAGAAGCCGAACAGGAUCGAAUAAGAGGGAAUUGUUGCCCGUUCCAUGAUGCAGUAUUCUAG